UUCGAAUUUUGCGAGUUUCAUUUAUUUUAUUUAGUAAGCUUUUGAAUGGUUCUGUAGUUUAUUUAUAUAUUUUUACAUAAUUUUAUAGGCAUUAGAACUUGAAAAAUGGAUCCCAUUUCUAUCCUAGAAAGCAGAAUUGAGCAGUUGGAAGCUAAACUUGGUUUGGCAGUAAAUGCUCCUAUUGAUGGACAGCAAGGAGAUACAGCUACUGCGAAUCUGCUCAAUACUGCGCAGGCUAUCAACAAUGCCACGGCUGGUCAUGAGAAACUGUCGGAGGCAAUGCCCAUGGCGUCUGAACUGAACAACUACACUGACCCGAAUUUCGUUGAGAACAUGCAGCAAAAUGAAAUGCAUAUGCAUGAGGUUGCAGCUGCGGAGCCUGUCAUCAAGCAUCACUGUCACUGUAUGCAUCGCUGUAAACAGGCAGCAUCAGUCCUUGAAUCUGAACCUAUUCAGCAUACAGCUCAGAUGCAAGAGGUAGUGAACAACAUGCAAGCUGCUGCAGCUGAAGUGAAAGUUGAGGCUGACGCUGUAUCUCAAGGUGUGCAAGAACUGGCAGAAACAUGUGGAGCUGCUGCUUCUGAUGCAUCUGAGCAAUUGGCUAAUGUUGCUCAAAAAGUAGAACAAACUGAGCAAAAGAUUUUCCCUCGCAGACGAAACGGACUUGACUAACAAGUCUAUUGAUAGCUAAAAAAUGUGAUAUAAUUAUAUUGCUUGCUUACCUUUAUAAAAUC